GCCCCGGAACCAGGCCGGCCGCGCGGGCCCGCGCUCCCCGCCAGCCCGCAGCCGCACUCACCAGCUCCGGAAUCCGCCCCGUGGCCCUCGCCCGCGCUCCAGAGCCGGCUGGGAACGGCGGCGGCGCGGGCUCCAGAGGCGUCCGGUCGCAGACUCUCUUCGAGGCGCUUCCUGUCCGUACCACAGACUCAACCAUGACUGUUCAGAGGAUCUUCAGGCUCUCCUCUGUCCUUCGGUCAGCAGUCUCUGUGCAUUUGAGGAGGAACAUUGGUGUUACAGCUGUGGCGUUUAAUAAGGAACUUGAUCCUGUACAGAAACUCUUCUUGGACAAGAUAAGAGAGUACAAAGCAAAGCGACUGGCGUCUGGAGGACCUGUUGAUACUGGCCCAGAAUAUCAGCAAGAGGUGGACAGAGAGCUUUUUAAGCUUAAACAAAUGUAUGGUAAAGGAGAGAUGGAUAAGUUUCCUACCUUCAAUUUUGAGGAUCCCAAAUUUGAAGUCCUCGACAAACCCCAGUCCUGAGGAACAUACAAACCAUGUGGUAAUUUGUCAUGACUUAGUUGUACAAUUAAUCUAAAAAAUUCAAAUAAACAUUCACUUCACAGUU